UAUGCAUGGUCCUAUGUUUGGAAGUCCAGACGCGCUUGGUAAAAACCAGAAAAACCCAAUAAAAGCCCCAAAUGUUGGGUAAGAAAGUUCCGGUGGCUGAAUCCGAGUAAACUUGAGUUGGGGACAGCAAGAAGAAGAGCAAAGUAAAACACCCGUUGGUUGAGUACAGCCGGCCAACCUGGGCACGUGCAAAUCCGGAGGUCACUUUCAGAGUGUGUCACCAACACCCAGUGAAAAGUGUAGACACACACAAUAGACAGUCAGUCACGGCGCGCAAACCUUCUAGCUUUAGUUUGAAUAUCCAUUGUCCAUAUAUACGAGUUAAAGAGUUAGUAGCUUCGGACCAAAUUUUGGUCAAGGUGGAAAAACGCUGAUUAUCUGGGAGUAGGGGGCUGGUGGAGAGGGAUGACUCCUGGCCAUUUCACACGAAAACCGUCUAAGAAACCAUGUCGUUUUGAACCCUUUCAGUUCAUUCCUAUAUAUUCAUUUCUUGCAAGUCUUAGCUUUUUACAAAUCCUUAAUUACUAUUCUCCAAAUUCCUCCUCGGACACUGCUGGUUGAACCCUUUUUAGCUAACAAUCUAACCUUGCAUGAUUGGACGCUUUAGACAUAUUGAGGAGAUGGAUGGUCACGGUUGCAGAAAAUGAAUGUGAGAGGCUUUAUGAUCGGAUUUUGAAAUUGCUAUCAUAAAGCUGCAGAGGGACAUGGGUUGUUGCUGCUUUGGUGCCUCUAGUACCAAGCAGAAUAGGGCUAACUAUUUUUCUCGUCCACACACGGGUGAUGCUGAAGGGAUUUUACUUGGUAAGACAAAGAACUUCUCAAUCAAUGAAUUAAAUGCAGCAACAGAUAACUUUCAUCAAAGCAAUAAGAUAGGGCGAGGAGGAUUUGGGACAGUUUACAAGGGAAAACUGAAGAAUGGAACUCCAGUUGCUGUGAAGAGGCUUUCUGCUUUCUCGAAGCAGGGUGUGCGUGAAUUUUUGACUGAGAUUGAAACUAUAUCAAAUGUUCAACAUCCAAACCUUGUUCAGAUGAUCGGAUGCUGUGUACAUGGACCUGACAGGAUACUGGUCUACGCGUAUUUAGAAAACAAAAGCCUUGAUAAUGCACUACUUGGUAGAAGUAGGGCUGUAAAUCUGGAGUGGAGCAAAAGAACAGCUAUCUGCAUGGGCACUGCAAGGGGUCUUGCAUAUCUUCAUGAAGAACUUGUGCCACACAUAGUGCACCGAGACAUUAAAGCUAGUAAUAUACUUCUUGACAAGGAUUUUGCGCCAAAAAUUGGAGAUUUUGGGUUGGCUAAACUUUUUCCGGAUGACAUAACCCACAUCAGCACGAAAAUAGCAGGGACAACAGGUUACCUAGCGCCUGAAUAUGCAUUGGGUGGUCAGCUAACAAUGAAGGCUGACAUUUACAGCUUUGGUGUGGUAGUACUUGAAAUUGUAAGCGGUAAGAGCAGUUCAAGUUCAUUCUGGGGAGGAGCACGGAAAUUACUUCUGGAAGAGGCAUGGCAAUUCUAUGAAGAAGGGAAGUUGUUGGAGUUAGUUGAUCCAGAACUGAAGGAGUUUCCUGAGCAAGAGGUCCUUAGGUAUAUGAAGGUAGCCCUUUUCUGCACACAAGCUAAAGCGCAUCGAAGGCCGUUGAUGAGCCAGGUUAUAGAGAUGCUCUCGAGAGACAUCCGGCUUAAUGAGAAGGAACUUACACCCCCAGGUUUCUUCCAAGAAUCAGGUGGGCUUAGUAGCUUACAGUCAAAAGAGAAGUCGUCUGAAGGCUCUACUAGCUAUCAGAUGAGCUCUGUUCCUGUCACUAUCACUCAGGUCAAAGCUAGAUGAAAAUUGAUUCCAGGGUCCAAUAUUUACUCCAGGAUGGCAGAGGGCACAAUUUAAUCGAGUGUCAAACAAGAAAUUAAAGUUAUACAAAACUAGGAAGUAAUCAGGAGUAAUUUCUUUUUCAGAUUAAUGUGCUGCUUUCUUGAGUUUCUUCUUCCUCUUAUUUGAUUUUGAGGUUUUAUUCACUUGGGCCUUAAUAUGUUGGCCUUGAUUCAUUUUCAGAUGGGGACACAAAAUAAGAAAAAAGAGUUUCAUUGGGGGUCUGAGGGAAGUUACGUAGAGCAGUGUAUGGGUCAUUAUCGAGACAAAUGACACUGGUAAAUCGAGUAUAUAAUUCAGCUGCAUUUAGUGUUUUUCCAGAUGCUGCUAUAAUCUAAGGCCUCACCUCAGGCCUCUAUUCUUCGUAAA